AUGAAUUACACUACAGAGCCCAUUGCCAUUGUUGGUAGCGCCUGCCGGUUUCCCGGAGGCUGUGAUACCCCGUCCAAGCUCUGGGAGAUGUUAAAGCAACAGCGUGAUGUCCUGAAGAAGAUCCCCAAAGACCGCUUUAACACUGACUCAUUCUAUCAUCCCGAGCCAACACACCAUGGCACCUCUAAUGCCCAAUUCUCAUACCUACUGGACCAAGAUAUUGGCGAGUUCGAUGCAAACUUCUUCAAUAUUCUCCCCAAGGAAGCCGAAUGCAUUGAUCCUCAACAAAGACUUCUCAUGGAGACAGUCUACGAUGGCAUAUCUGCCGCUGGCCUGCCCAUCGAGAAGUUGCGCGGGUCUGACACGGCUGUGUACGUGGGUCAGAUGUGCGAUGACUGGUCUGGUAUCUUCCAAUGUCAGCUCGAUGAAUCACCCCCAUACAUCGCUACAGGCUCUUCGCGAAGUAUUGUGGCAAACCGUAUCUCAUACUUUUUCGACUGGCAUGGCCCAUGCAUGAAUAUUGAUACGGCAUGCUCAUCAAGUCUCGUGGCCAUCCAUGAGGCGGCUCAAACCCUGCGGAGUGGCCAGUCAUCAGUAGCCGUGGCAGCAGGUGUUAAUUUGUUGAUCCAUCCAAUGUGCUAUAUCUCUGAAAGUAACCUCCGCAUGUUGUCCUCUUCAGGACGAUGCCGUAUGUGGGAUUCCUCCGGGGAUGGAUACGGCCGUGGGGAGGGAGUUGCAUGUGUAGUGCUCAAGACCCUGAGCCAGGCCCAGCGAGAAAAUGAUCAUAUUGAAUGCAUCAUCCGCGAAACUGGCAUUAAUCAGGACGGACGAACAUCCGGGAUUACCAUGCCCAGCAAUAUUGCCCAGACACAGCUUAUUCAAGACACAUACCGCCGCGCAGGGCUUGAUGUACACAACCCCCUGGAUCAGCCGCAGUUUUUCCAUGCCCAUGGCACGGGAACCAAGGCGGGUGACCCCCAAGAAGCAACGGCAAUCUAUCGAGCCUUCUUUACCAAAGAGACGGAGCCCGAGCAGAAGCUGUUGGUGGGCUCAAUCAAGACACACAUUGGUCAUACGGAAGGCACGGCGGGACUUGCCAGUGUCAUCGGCACUUCACUAGCCUUGCAGCAUGGAGAGAUCCCCCCAAAUAUGCAUUUUGAUGAGCUAAAUCCUGAUAUAUCACCAUUUUACGGCGCCUUCGAAGUCCCAACCUCCGUGAAGGAAUGGCCACCCCUGAAACCUGGCCAGGUUCGCCGAGCGAGUGUCAAUAGUUUCGGAUUCGGUGGUACCAAUGCCCAUGCAAUAAUGGAGUCUUACACUCCGCCCGAAGCAAUGGAGCCCGAGUCGUCUCGAUGUUCAACAUUAUACACACCCUUGCUCUUCUCCGCCAACUCUGUGACCGCUCUCAGAGAAAUGAUCUCCCGGCAUCUUGAAUACCUGGUUGACAGGCCCGAAACCAGCCUUCGUGAUCUUGCAUGGACGCUGCAGCAUCAUCGCUCAACCUUUGCUUAUAAGAUGGCCAUAAGCGGGUCAGACUAUGAGAACAUCAUAGCCCAGAUGAAUAGUGCCUUAUCCACCGAAUCUUCUGACUUUUCCAAUCGGCUUAGCCAACCUUCGGAGCCUCGAAUCCUAGCGGUUUUCACUGGUCAAGGUGCCCAGUGGCCACGGAUGGGUGCUCACCUGCUGGAGUCGUCGAGCUUCGUACGCGAUAAAAUUGCCUUCUUAGAUGAAUGCCUGGCCACUCUCCCAGAGGACGAUCGACCGGAUUGGACGCUUCAUGAUCAGAUUUUGGCUGUAGGGAAAUCAUCAAGAGUGACAGAAGCGGCCAUAUCCCAGCCUCUGUGUACCGCUGUCCAGGUCGUUCUGGUCGAUCUCCUUCAAGCAGCAGGUAUUAAACUCCAUGCAGUCGUCGGGCACUCUUCGGGUGAGAUUGGUGCAGCGUAUGCAGCUGGACUCCUGUCUACCUGCGAUGCCAUCCGAGUGGCAUAUCUCCGUGGUGUCUAUGCUAAGCUUGCAGCUUCCCCCAGUGGCGCAAAGGGGGGUAUGGCCGCUGUCGGUGCUUCGGCUGAAGAGGUACAAGAAAUUUUUGAUUCCGAGGAAUUCAGGGAGGAAAUCAAGGGCAAAAUAUCCAUUGCGGCGCUGAAUUCGGGAUCUAGCAUCACUCUUUCCGGAGAUGAAGAUGUUAUUCAGGCAGUGGUAGACAUCUUCUCCAAUCAGGGUAAAUUUGCUCGUCGCCUGCGGGUAGAUACAGCCUAUCAUUCGGCCCAUAUGCUACCUUGUGCAGACCCAUAUCUCAAGGCUAUGGAGCGCUGCGGUAUUGCAGUGCAGAAGCCUUUGGCAGACCGACCAAAGUGGUUCUCCAGUGUCUAUCAUGAUACUGCCAUGAACGGCAAUAACUUGACCCCUGAGUAUUGGGUUCACAACAUGGUGCAGCCUGUUCUCUUUUCGCCGGCUAUCAUCACUGCUGCCAAGGAGGCACAAUCAUUCAACUUGGGCAUUGAAGUAGGCCCUCACCCAGCUCUCAAAGGCCCCGCGUUAGAAUCUUUAGGCCAGGUGGACAUGCAGAUUCCAUAUACCGGAAUGCUUGGUCGCGCAAAAAAUGACAUAGACGAGCUUUCUGCCGGCUUAGGAUUUGUCUGGGCUCAGCUUGGCCCAGAUGUGGUAAACUUUGACGGGCUAGAGCGCGCUUUGGCCAGCGACAAGAGACCCAGAACCCUUCUGUCGGACCUUCCUGGCUACCCAUUUGAUCAUCAUAAUCGUUAUUGGUCUGAGUCUCGCACAUGGAGGGCCAACAGGCUAUCAGAUGCACGUCCCAAUCCACUAUUGGGAUCGUGCCUGGCUACCACGAGGAGCACUGGCAAGGCACAGUGGAAAAACAUCUUCAAGCCAACAACUAUACCAUGGCUACAGGGACAUCGAUUACAGAAUCAAUUGAUUCUGCCCGCGACGGCGUACAUUGUCAUAGCUCUAGAAGCUAUCUCAGCGGUGGCCGGGGAUGCUGCCAUAGCGCUGUUUCGUAUGACUGAUUUGGUGCUGAGACGGCCGAUUGUAUUCGAUGAUGAGAACUCCAGUAUGGAAUGUAUCUCCAGCCUACAGAUUUUGGAGUCCAACGAGUCACGAAUUAAAGCCAAUUUCACCGUCGAGUCCGCAAACCACGGAGAUUUGUCUUUACAGGUCAAUGUUGAAGGCUCCAUUGAAGUAGAACUAGGUACAUCAGUUCCUGAUAAGCUACCACUACUCGAGCAUGACCAGUACUACAAUAUGAAUGAGCAAAGCCCAGAAAGGUUUUAUUCUGAAGCCGAAGGCGUUACAUUGUCACCAUUUAGUCCCGCCCAAGCCCAGGAUGAUAACCAUAUGCUCAGCCAUAUCAAAUGGCUGCCUGCUUUUCCACAUGGCGCGAAACUUGGGGUUUCUCGCGAUUCCGUUGGUUUAAAUCCAUCAGUGACUGAAGAUGUGGAGCGAAUUUCUCUGUAUCAUCUACGUAAGUUAUGCGAAACAAUUGUUGAAGAGCACCGGAGCAGUGCGCUGCCACACCAUCAACAGCUUUUCAGGUGGGCAGACUCGGUUAUCAGUCGAGUCUCCGCAGACAGGCAUCCUUUUAUUGCCAAGGAAUGGCUCUCCGACUCAGAGCAGGUAAUCCAGCAAUUGAUCAGUCGCCACCAAGACUCCCUGGAAGCGAGACUGGUAGCGGAAAUUGGCCCGAGCCUUCCAAACAUCAUCCAAGAACAGGGUGAUCUUGCGAACUAUAUCUCUUUAAACGAGGAAGCGCCCACGAUAACACUGGCACAUAGGCGUCUAGCCAAUUUGGUCAAGCAGAUCAACCACCGUUACGCGCGCAUGCACAUUCUCGAAAUAGGGUCUGGAAGUGGUUCCAUGGCUGAGAUGAUCGUUUCUUCUUUGGGAACUUCCUUUUCCUCAUACACCUUUACCGAUGUUUCUGAUGACCUUUUCGAUGAAGCUGAGUUUCGCUUUCAUCGGUAUGCGGAACGCAUGAUCUUCAAAACCUUAGACAUUCAACAAGACCCCACUGCUCAAGGAUUUGCUGCCGGCAAAUAUGACCUGGUUCUCGUGGGCAGUAAUCUUCAGAUUGCUAAAGAUCAGGAGCGGAGCCUGUGUAAUAUUCGUCAGCUGUUGAAGCCCGGCGGAUAUCUUAUCAGUGCCAACCCAAUCACAGAUGACUCCUUGCGCCUCGGUCUCAUCAUGAGCGACUGUCCAGGAUGGUGGACCGCUGCUGACUCGGGCCGGCUGACAUUGGAGAGUUGGAAUAGUCUCCUGUGCAAAUGCCAGUUCUCUGGCAUUGACACUUGCAGCCCUAUCCACGACGUUCUCCAUGACAUACCAGUCUGGGCUGCUCAGGCGGAAGACGAGCGCGUGCAGGUGCUGCGGAACCCUCUGGCUGCAUCAGAAGUGCUUCCGAAAGAGAUGCCGCCUGUGGUCAUUAUCGGAGGAAGGUCUUUGGCCACCGUCCAAUUAGUAGAAAAGAUUGGUACUCUGCUGUCAACCAAGUUCCCGAAUGUGACUCAUCUUGGUUCUCUUGAGGCACUGAAUACCACUUUCCUCCCACCCAAAGCUACCGUUCUUAGUCUUGCCGACCUUGACGGUCCAGUGAUGAAGACCUGGACUGCCAAAAAGCUAGAGGCCAUGAAGACCCUUUGGAACCAGGCAGCGAGGGUAUUAUGGAUCACCAAUGGGGCUCGCUCCAAUGAGCCCUAUUCUACCAUGAUCGCCGGUAUCGCGCGAGUGAUUAGGAUGGAGAAGUUGGAAGUUAAUGUGCAGUUGCUAGAUGUGGCCUCUAUUGAUCCGAGCACUGCGAAAUCAGUAUGCGAGACGUUACUGAGGCACCACUGGCUUCUCACUUGGUCACCAGAUAACUCGACUGAAAAUCUUUUAUGGAGUCACGAAAACGAAAUGGCUCUGGAUAGCGAGCAUACGCUUAUACCGCGCCUAUACCCGAACGAACUGGAGAACCUGCGGUUGAACUCUGCCCGCCGGUCCAUUGUGCGGGAGGUCGACCCAGCAACGGCGGCUCUACGCCUGGCCAGCACAGAAAACUCGUAUCAAUUAGAAGAGAUUUCUUCCCUGCGAGCCCCCCUAAGAUUGCCAACGAUCCGAGUGGUCCAAUCCUUGCUGCAGUUCCUCAAGCUCGGCACGCAUGGGUCUUUCAUGCUAUGCAUUGGGACAAGGCAGGAUGACUCCCAAGCUACGGUUUUGGCGUUGACUCAGUCGUCUGAGAUUUUGACCCCAGUGGAGCCUUUUUUGGCGAUUGAGAUGCCCUCACUUGCGGUUGCACGCUUGGCCCUACUAACCAUCGCCGUUUACAUUGUUACCCAGCAGAUCUUGGCUAUGGUUCCUAAAGAUGGUACUCUGGUGGUCCAUGAACCAGAUUGCUUUCUCCAUGCCGCUCUUUUGGAUGCCGCGGAAAAGAGCCGAGUUGAUAUCUGGUUUACCACUUGCCAGCCGGGCCGUGACGCCAACUGGACCUACCUACACCCCGCGCUCCCCGCUCGCCUGGUCAAGGAGCAUCUUCCCAGUGAGGUCUCUGUCUUCGUUGACUUGGAGCCUCCCGGAGGACCGAGUGCCCGCGUGGCAGACGCAAUCAGAGAUUGUGUUCCCCCGCAUGGUGUGCAAGCCUCAAAAACUACCUUUUUCACUAACCGGUUGUACACCCGCUCGGGGGCUAACCUGACUGUCCUGGGCGAACUCCUGCGAGAUGCGUGGGAUUCUUCAUCCUCAUCUAGCUUGGCCCUUGAAGUGACCGAGUCCAUCCCCCUAGGGGAGGUUUCAUUCCAUAACCCGAUAGGAGAACCCAUUCAGUUAGUUGACUGGAAUGUUCCCUCGGUGCCGGUUCAUCUAAAGCGAAUUGACAAUGAGCCGAUUUUCCGCCGCGAUCGGACCUAUCUGAUGAUUGGCCUCGCUGGGGAGGUUGGACAGUCUCUUUGCCACUGGAUGGCUCAUAAGGGGGCUGGUUUUAUUAUCCUAGCGAGUCGUAACCCCAAGAUCGCUCCAGCUUUCCUUCGCAAAGCCGAAGAUCUCGGUGCCACUGUUCGACCGCUAUCAUUGGAUAUUACCAGUCGAACUUCUCUUCAACGCUGCCUCCGGGAUAUUAAGCGCAGCAUGCCCCCGAUAGCUGGUGUGGCUAACGGUGCCAUGAUCAUGGAAGACGUGCAGUUCGACCAUGUUGAAUUCGAGAGCAUGGAACGGGCAAUGAAACCGAAGGUCCUUGGAAGCAAACUCCUCGAUGACGCUUUCUAUGAAACUCCUCUAGAUUUCUUCAUCAUGUUCUCCUCUAUUUCGGGCGUCGUCGGUAACACGGGGCAAAGCACUUAUGCCGCGGCUAAUAUGUACAUGACUGGUCUAGCACUCAAUAGGCGUAAGCGUGGUGUUGCUGGCUCCGUUAUUGCCUACAGUGCCCUCAUGGGAUUGGGGUACAUCGAUCGCUCCGAUGAAACCAUGGGCGAUAUGUUCCGGUCCAUGGGUGUCUCCCUGAUGUCAGAAAUAGACUUUCGCUAUGCCUUUGCCGAGGCUAUCAAGGAGGGUCAGGCAAAGUGUCAUGACCGCGCCGAAUUGAUUACCGGUUGUGUGCCAAUGGUUUUGGCUGACGUGGUUCGCAACCGCUACAGGAGUGAUAUUCGUUUCAGCCAUAUCAACCUUGAGCGUGUUAAUGGUCGAGUGGGUGCCUCGGGAUCUAAAUCAUCUGUCAGAAGCCUGUUACAACAGGCUGCCUCUGUAGAGGAGGCCGAAAGAAUCGUGCUUGAUGCGUUUACCACACGACUAAAAACUCUGCUUCGAAUGUCCACUGAGCAGCCACUCGAUGUCAACAGCAGUCUAGUUGGGCAAGGAAUCGAUUCCUUGGUUGCCAUUGACAUUCGCGAAUGGUUUGGUCGCGAACUGGAGAUUGACAUGCCUAUCAUUAAGAUCCUUGGUGGAUCUUCUAUUGUCGCUUUGGUUAAGGGGUGCCUUCAUGGCAUCUCCGAGACUAUGGUCAACCUCAACAGCCCGUCUGAAGAGGGUCAUUCAGGGCCUGAGAAGCCAGGAGCACUUGCGGCUCUCACCCCUGGUGGGGAACCGAAGCCACCCGGUGCCGAGCCAGGCAUCAUUCGAUCAGACCGCAAGGACUCCAUAUCUUCUAGUUCCGACAGUGACAGUGUGGGCACAUCAUCCCAUUAUGGAACCAGUGACACUGAGCCCGAAGAGGAAAGCACAUGUGAACCUUUGAUUGAUAUGGAUCUGCGCCAGUCCACCAUCCAGUCGGCUACUGAGAAAGUCGUGCCAAUGUCUUUCGACCAGGCCCGUUUCUGGUUUAUGCAACAUGCUCUUCAAGAUCCUUCUGCUCUUAACAUGGGCCAUUGCUGGCACAUUGAAGGUUCUUUAGACCUGCCCCGACUCAGAAAGGCGGUCACCACGGUUGCAGACCGUCAUGAGGCAAUGCGCACGCGAUUUUUCUGGGGAGGAACAAACCAUGACAUUCCCAUGCAGGGAAUCCUUUCGCGGUCCAUCAUCCAACUUGAGACCAAGCGGAUUACCAACCAGGAGGAAGUUUACCGGGAGUUAGAUGCCAUGCGACACCAUGCCUAUGACCUCGGUGACUGGCAGCUUGUGAGAACUCGGCUUCUCACAUUGUCUAACAGACAGCACUAUUUGAUUAUUGGCAACCAUCCAAUCACCUUCGAUGGCAACAGUGCCUCGCUUUUGCUCGAUGAGAUGAAUCAAGCCUAUCUGGGGCAGAGUCUACCUGGACUUCCCAGAGAGUCUCAAUACUCUAUUAUGGCGGAAAAGCAGCUCCAGGACUACAACGAAGGACGUUUCCAGAAGCAUAUUGACUACUUCGAAAACAUUAUCAAUGGGAGCAACCCCCAACUUGAACUCUUUUCUUUUGCCAAAGUACCAGUCAGGCCAGUGCAGACUCAAUACCGCACUCAUCGAUCGGAUAUGCGCCUCUCGCCGAAGCAAGCUUCUUUCAUUGAACAGGUCUCACAGGAGAGCCAUUCAACUACAUCCGUCCUCUAUACUGCAGUCUUGGGCGCGCUUCUGUUCCGCCUAUUACCUAACACCCAGAGGGUAUUGAUUGGCUUUGAUGCCGACCGUAGCGACCUGGCCCUAGGGAGACCCAUGGGGUGCGCACUGAAUGCGUUGCCAGUCCGGUUAGACAGGCCAGGCAUCCAUACCAAACUUGGUCCAUAUCUUGAGACAGUGCGAAAUGCAAUAAGUGGCGUUCUAGAACAUUCCGCCGUGCCACUUGAUGUCCUGCUCAAUGAUCUCAAGCUGGACCGCUCGGCCAAUGUCCCACCUGUGUUCCAGGUGAUGAUAAAGCAUAGGGUUGAAAAGCACCAAGUUACAUGGUGCAAUGCUACCUGUAACCCUGAGAAAGUCUUGAACCCUGGCACCGGACUUGACCUUUACCUGGAUAUUACCGAAAGUCCUGAGGGUGACUCUGUGGUUGCGUUGGAGGUGCAACAAGGACUAUACAGCCAGGAGCAUGCUGAUCUUCUUAUUAGAUGCUUUGUUAACCUAAUAGACCAACUCACUACAGACCCAGGAGUACCUUUAGCCGCUGCUGAGCUGUGGUCACCCGACGAUAUCUCCCUGUCACUGGAAUCUGCUACAGGCCCUCUAGCACCUAUGCAAUGGCCACAGACUGUUGUUCAUAGGAUUGACCAAAUGAUCCAGCAAAAUGGGAACAGUCUUGCUGUCAAGGAUGGCAGUGGCAAGAGCUUGACCUACAACGACAUGGGCCGCCGCAUUGACUCGAUUAUCGCGGCUUUGCGCCAGGCUGGAACUCCGAAGGGUUCUGUUAUUGGUGUUAUGCAGGAGCCCGGUGUUGACUCGGUUUGCUCAAUGCUAGCUGUCUUCCGUGCUGGUGCGACCUACAUGCCACUCGAUGGUCGCGUCUCUAUUGAUCAGAUAGAGGGUGUACUUCAAGUCGCUAAACCGUUGUUGUUACUUGUUGACCGCUCUACGCUCAGUACGGCCAAGUCCCUGGCUCUCGCCAGGCCUAGGGUGUUGGAUAUCUCUUCGGUGGCCACGCGUAAGCACAUUCAGCGCACACCCAAUCUGGCGGAUGGCAACACGGCCGCGAUCAUCCUGUUCACGGGCAGCUCUACCUCUGAGGGCAAGGGAACGCUAAUCAAGCAUGCGAACAUGAUUCCCCAACUUGAAGCCUCUUCAAUGCAGUAUAACUUCUCUGAUGAGAGACCGCUGAUCGCCCUUCAGCACUCGAUCGAUUCCAUAGACCUGUCAAUCUCCCAAACUUUCGAUGCCCUGUGCAACGGAGGAAGCUUGGUCAUUCUGCCCGCAGAUAAGCGGGGAGAUGCCAUGGAAAUUGCUAAAACAAUCCAGGAGGAGAAUAUUAGUUACACGCUGGCGACCCCAUCAGAGUACCAGAGAUGGCUCAGUUUUGCGGCUGAACAACUUCGGGAGUGCCCCCACUGGACACUUGCUGCUAUGGCAGGUGAAGCAGUCCCUCUAAAGCUCUUGCAAGGUUUCCGUGCGCUAGACAGCCCAUCCCUCCAGCUUCUCAGCCUUUACCGUUCGGCUGGAACGUGUUUCGGUUCUACCUGGCAGGGUCUAAUUGAGUAUCACAAGUCAGACGUGGAGUUACCCCUCGCCUCAGGAUAUGCUUCACCCAACCAGGCGAUCUACAUCGUCGACGCCGAGCUGCGGCCUCUCCCGAUUGGUGUCCCAGGCGAGGUUCUCAUCGGCGGUGCCGGUAUUGCUGAUAGCUAUGGCAACAUGGAUACUGCAACAGAGAAGAGAUUUAUUGAGUCUCCCUUUUCUCACCUGAACAGCAACUUCACUGCAAACAAUUGGACGACCGUUUAUCGGACUGGAGAUUGUGGCUACUUGCGGAAGGACGGUGCCCUUGUCCUGGUCGGCCGUUCCAAUGGCGACACUCAGGUUAAUGUUCGCGGCUUUCAGGCUGACUUAGAAGAGAUCGGGAACGCUUUGAUUGAGGCUUCUGGAGGGCUGUUGACCAAUGCCGUGGUCACCUUGAGAGAACAGGAUGGGGACCAAUUCUUGGCUGCUCAUGUUGUCUUUUCCAAUCAGCUACCACAGAACAACUCCCAGAAAAUGCUGUUGGACAAUCUCCUGAUGCGUCUACCUGUGCCAGACUAUAUGGUUCCUUCGGCUAUAGUAGCCUUGGAUGAACUGCCAUUGGACGCUCACUCCAAAGUGGACCGAACUGCCAUCUGUCAGCUGCCUAUUGAUGAAUCUAACGUGGUGACCCCGACUAACCGAGAAAUGACAUCGAUGGAGGCCAGUCUUGCCGAGGUCUGGCAAGGGGUCCUUUCUGCCUCUGCCUCUCCGACCCUUACUCCCAGCUCUGACUUCUUUCAGGUUGGGGGUACCUCUCUGCUAAUUGUAAUUUUGCAGCGGGCAAUCAAGGAGCAAUACAAGGUUGCACUGCCAGUAACCGAGCUGGUGGCUACCAAGAGACUCGCUGAUAUGGCCCGUUUGAUCGAAGGGAAAGCAGUUUUUGCCUAGGCGUCUUUGGUGGGGGUGUA